AUGAUUCAUCGGCAAAGACUAGUAAGCAUUUUAGCAGCUGUUUCUCUUUUGUCCCUAUGGUUCUUCUUCUCCUCAAACAAGCUAUCCUACUCCACCCCCAAUGAUCCAGUAGUAGACUUGGAUACGAACACAAACACAGAACACACAGAUCCUCAAGGGCAGAAUAAGCAAGCUAAGCUCAAGUUCCAGUCAAUCAUGCCAUCAAUGCCGGAUCAGAAAGCUAAGCAGGAACUUGGUAGAGCGUCCUGGAAAUACUUUCACACUGUACUUUCAAGGUUUCCCGAUGAGCCUACGCAGGAGGAGCGCGACAAGCUGGCUCAGUUCUUGCAGUUGUACGCAGAGCUCUACCCGUGCGGAGAGUGCUCAUACCACUUUGUUGAGAUGCUCAAGAAAUGGCCGCCACAAACAUCGAGUAGAACAGCUGCCGCCUUAUGGGGGUGCCUCAUGCACAACAAAGUGAACGUAUUUUUAAAAAAGGACGAGUACGAUUGUUCCAAAAUCCUCGAGGACUACGACUGUGGAUGCGGUGGUGAAGACGGCAAGAUCAACGACCAGCUCAAGAUGAAUAAGGUGUCAUUACAGAAGGAGGGCAAACAAGGCGGGUAA